AGGCAGAUAGAUUCCGUUGAUCCUGACCGUUGCCCCGCUGCCAACCCGCGUGAUCUGACGGCUGGGAUUUGACCCCACCAACCGACCAACAGGAUACAGCCACGUUCCGGUAAAACGACAGCCGCUUACCUGCAAUCGCCGGUUACCAACCGCAUGAACAAGAACUCCGCUCCAUUUAUGCGAUCCUUUUUCUUUCUAUUUUCACCCAUUUUUCUUCCUUCCCUCUUCUUUAUCGUCCGUACGAAUUUCUUUGUUUUUUCCAGUUUUUUUCUAAAAAAUUAAUUGAAAUUUCCGUUUUUUUUUUUUUCCCCUGAUUUUUUUCAUUCUAUCUAUUUAGGGAAGAUCAGUUUCGAUUGUUAUUUGAGUUGGAUGAAUGCUCUGUAUUUGAAUUAAGGGUUUGAGUUUUAUACUCUGUAGCUUUGCUAUUGGAAUUUUUUGCUUUCCAUAAAGGGAUUAUGAUCUAUUGGUCUGAAGUUUUGCUUUAUUAAAUUUUGCUUCCUCUAUCUUAGAGUAAUUUUGGGGAAGCAUUUCGGGUUCUGAUCUGUGGUAACUGGUAAAGUUUUAACUAUCCAAAUCUGAUCUUUUUGAGUUCAAUUAGGGUUUCAUGAUGCUUGGUUGAACAAUUGAUGCAUUUUAGCUUGGGAAUUUGAAGGUGAUUUGUGGGGUUUUUUCGCCCUUAGGUGAAGGUUCAUCUUAGCAAUUCUAGUGGGGUUUGAUGAGAGUACUGUGAAUGGUUUCAUGCAUUAUUUAGUCGAAAAGAGGGGUUGAUCUUGCUUAGGAGAAUUGGAGUUGAUGUUUUGGGAGGAAUAUGGCUGCUUAUGCUGAUAGUUCUCUUCAGUUUAGUGAUAUAGGAUGUGAUUGUAGUGAGGGUAAUGGUGAGGUUUCCGUGGUGAAAGAUGAGACUUCGGAAAAUGAGAAUGAGUCAAAGCAAACGCUGAAUGGUAAACCACCGCGGCAUCUAUCUGUUGUGAGGCAUUCUAUGAGCACUGAUACAUUUGUGUCAUCUGCAGAUUUGGUGGAUUUUGAUCUUGGAGGGGCUGGAAUCAAUUCACCAUCAGACAUAAAAUCGAGCUUCCUACCAAUUUUUCGGUCUGGAAGCUGUGCUGAGAAAGGACCUAAGCCCUCUAUGGAGGAUGUACACAUCUGCAUAGAUAACUUGCCUUAUUAUUUAAGUGAAUCAGUGGAUGUCCCUUCGCCUGGAGCUUUCUAUGGGGUAUUUGAUGGCCAUGGAGGUAUAGACGCUGCAUCAUUUGUCAGGGAGAAGCUUCUUAAAUUCAUAGUUGAAGAUUCUUUCUUCCCUGUUUGUCUGGAAAGAGCGAUCAAGAGCGCGUUUCUGAAAACAGAUUAUGCAUUUGCCGAUGAUAGUUCUCUCGACAUAUCGUCUGGCACCACAGUAUUGACUGCAUUCAUCUCUGGGAGAAAAAUGAUAGUAGCCAAUGCUGGAGACUGUCGAGCCGUGCUGGGAAAACGCGGCAGGGCCAUCGAGAUGUCGAGAGACCACAAGCCUAACUUCACGUCUGAAAGAAUCAGAAUCGAGAAGCUAGGAGGAGCCAUAUACGAUGGCUACCUCAACGGCCAGCUAUCCGUGUCUCGCGCCUUGGGCGACUGGCACAUGAAGGGGCCGAAAGGGUCUGCCUCUCCAUUGAGCGCGGAACCAGAGCUGCAGGAGACGCUGCUAACAGAGGAAGACGAGUUCUUGAUCCUAGGGUGCGACGGCCUGUGGGAGGUGAUGAGCAGCCAGUACGCGGUCACAAUGGCUCGGAAAGAGCUGAUGCUGCACAACGACCCUGAGCGGUGCUCGAGGGAGCUGGUAAGGGAGGCACUGAAGCGCAACACGUGUGAUAACCUGACCGUCGUCAUUAUAUGCUUCUCCCCCGACCCGCCGCCUCGGAUCGAGAUUGCCCCGACCCGAGUGAGGCGGAGCAUAUCGGCUGAGGGGCUGAAUCUUCUCAAGGGAGCUUUGGAAGGCAGGUUGUGAGAGAUGUGAUACUGACUGAAAUGGGGGUUUACAUGCUGAUUUCUCAUUGUUUUUUGGUUCUUUUUCUUUGAGAAUUUGUUCUGGAGUAUCUGUAGUGAAAUGUUGUAUAAAUGGGAUGAAUUUAACCAUUAGCUUUUUUAGCUUGGUUAAGGAUGAUUUCUGUUGUUGUACCUUAGCACAGAGGCAUGUUAUCCUACAUGAGCCAAAUUUAUUUGUCAUAUAUAUAGAAUCCUUAUUUUUUAUUA